AUGGCGAAGACGAAAACCAAAUCGGGGCAAAAGGGAAAGGAGAUGAACAGGACCGCCGCCAAUGGACAGGCCAAACUGAGGCCUGACCAACUCUACGCGACUGCCGUGGAGCUGGUCGAACAGUCUCAGCCCGAAGAAGCACUCAAGUUUGCCAAGCAGCUAUGGUCACAAGUGCAAGAUCGCGCAGUCAAGGACGCGCUGCCGGCUGCAAUCCUCUUGGGAGAAAUCAGUAUGGAACUCGGCGCAACAGACUCGGCCCGUGGUUACUUUGAAAAGGCCGUGCAACUCGACCCCGAGGGCAAGGUGCCAGAGGCACUCGGUGGCGGCGCCGAGAAGUUCCUCUGGCUUGCACAGCUGUGUGAGGAGGGCGGCAAGCAGAGCGUGGAGUGGUUCGAGAAGGGUGCCAAGGCCCUUCAGCACGAGAUCGCUGCGCUUGAGAAUGGGCAGACAUCGGACUUGACUGAGGAAGAAUUGCUUCUGAUGCGGGUGGAGAAGAAACGCAAGCUUGCUAAUGCACUCUGCGGUAUUGUGGAGGUGUAUAUGACGGACUUGUCGUGGGAAGACGAGGCCGAAGCUCGCUGUGAGAACCUGAUCACGGAAGCGAUGGCCAUCGAGGAUGAGACUAGCCCCGAAGUGUUGCAGACCCUGGCGUCUGUGCGAUUAUCACAGCAGCGGAUAGAGGAUGCCCAAUCGGCGCUGAAGCGAUCUUUGGAGAGCUGGAUCGAGCUGGAGCCUGAAGACCCUGCUGUGCCGGACUUUGCCACGAAGAUUUCGCUCUCACGACUGCUUAUGGAAGCACAGCUGGAGGGCGACGCGAUGGAAGUUCUUCAUCGGCUGAUCCAGGAAGACGAUCAGAGUGUUGAGGCGUGGUACCUUGGGGGCUGGUGCCAGCACUUGGUCGCAGAGCACAACAAAGCAAACCCCGAUGCCACCGACGAGUCAGCUAUGGACAUCAGUGCGAGUGACCAUCCGUCAGCGAAUCAAGAGCAAGUCGAGCGCGCCUUGAAAGGUAGCCGUCGGUGGCUCAAGCAGUCCCUCAAGCUCUACGAGCUGCUUGAUUACGAGGACGACCGGCUGUACGAUCAUGCUAAGGAACUUGUUGCUAACAUGGACACGGUACUGGGCCCGGAAGAAGAUCAAGCCGAGGGCGGAGACGAGUGGGAGGAUGAGUGGGAGGGGAUUGACGAGGACGGAAUCGAGGACGAGGAGGACGGGGACGAGGACGCGCAGAUGCAGGACUAA